GAAGCGCAAGAUUGCUAUUAAACUAUGAACUUAUCUUGACAAUUAUAAACGACCGCUAUUAUGUUUUGCGCUACGUUCACGAAAUUAGCAAUUUAGUAAGCUUUUCGUCUUUAUGAAAGCUACGAGCUUCCGAAGAAUUUAUUUAUGAUUUUAAGGAUCGAUGUUUGAAAGCGAACCCGAGCUAAACGUUGAGACAGAUUACGAUACUAUCAACUGUUUCGUCGUUACUCUAAAGUAUGUACAACGCAUCCGGAGUUGCAAAACAUAUCGUCAAUGAAAAGACCGAAAUCAUAAUUUCAAGGCGUUCUAUUUCCAUUUUCGAGUAAAAUCUCUGGCGCGAGCGAGGAAAUUCGUAAUAAACGACAGGGCUGAAGAUGACAUCCCGGUUAAAACUUUCUCUCCUAGCUGUUGUUUCGAUUAAUGGCCAUAAUGGCACGUACGAUUCGGUUGGAAAUUGGCCUAAAACUGGCGUAGUAAAUAAGAAUGAUACGUCAUGAGCGGGAUUAGGAUUGGAAACCGAUUGACCCAAUUUAUCCACCAACACCCACAGACAAAUGGUGGCAUACGGCGAGUUUUCAUUUCACGUGAAUCGAAGGGACAUCGUUUCUUUCUUCUACCCGUUGGCUAUAGUGGAAAAACGAAAAAUUCCAACUAUCAUCUCGCACGUUCUCCGCUCCAUUGUAUUCUCUACACGUGGCUAAAUCUAUAUAGAAAAACAAUUCACGCUAUUUCUUUCUCGGGAUAUUUCUUUUCUAAUGGAAACGGAAAUUUCUUUCCGAUGGAAAGAAGAGAUAUGGCGGCAGAGGAUUUAAUUCCAGCGAAAGUUUCGUGUUUACGUAUUCGCCUGGAUUUUAUAUUCAAACUUAUCUCUUCUUUGUUAGAACAGGAAAAUCAGACGAGUAAAUCUUAAGAUUGUAUUCCUAAAAAUUUGGUAAAAUUUCACAUCUCGAAACAAUAUUCUUUUUAUUCCGUUGUGGAUCUUAAUAAAAAUAUAUAUUUUCACGAACAAAAUCGAAGGAAUGGAAUGAAAUCUAGAGAUUCGUUUCGUCUUUUAAAAAUGUUAAAGAUACGCAAAAAGUUUUAAUUUUUUGUAUACGUUUGAAUGCUUUCCGCUGGCUUAUGCGCUCCAUUCAAUCGACCGAUAACACGAUUUUCUCUUACGUAAUUCCCAAGGCUCGCAGUAUCAUUGACGUUCGCCUUCGUGAAGAUCUUGGCCGUGGCGAUUGCAACGAAUCCGUUUACGUGGCCGAGAAAGAAUCAAUGUCGUAGCAACAUUCGAUGAAUUCUAACAGACAAUGAGCUACGAAGUAGAAACGCAAAAUGUUUUACGAAACAUCUCUCAAAUAGCUACGAACAUUCUCACAAGAUCUUCUGUUCCACCCUUCUCGAAUAUUACUGUACGAUUUUCGGUUUACAGACUCUUAAAAGUUACUAGCUUCGUGUUAUUAAAUUAUUUAAAACAAUAUUCUAUCCUAAUAAGCUUCUUUAACGUCCUUGAUAAAUUUUAUUAAAGAUACUCUGUAUAUUUGGAAAAAAUGUAUUAUACAUCGAAGGAAGUAUGAAGCGUUUGACUUACGUAGCAUCAAAGACGAAUGCAACAAAAAAGGGGAAGCAAAAGUUUCAAAAAAUAUUUAAUAAUUCCUUGUAAUUAAGAUCACUUCCUUUGAACCUGCGUUUUCCGAUUAUUAUAAUUUAUUAUUCCUUUCGCCGCUUUUGCAAAUGGAGAAUGACUGUGUCAGAAUUUAGUCGCAAUUAUAUUUUGGCUGUAGGCAAGGGCGAAAGAAAAAUUGCCUUUAACUUUGUUAAACGCAACAAAUUCGACGCAGGCAGCAAUUUUCACAUUAACUUGCGUAAUGCGGAUUAAUGGAAUGCUUUUCGUAAUGCGUUUAGUACAUUAGGUGCUGCUACGUCAUAUUGAAGUAAAAAUAUAUAAACCAGGAGAAAACUCCUAUUUAUCGAACAGAUUUACAUAAUAAUAUCAACCAUAUGAAUAGUAAUUUAUGGAAAUGUAAUACACGUGCGAAUUUAUUAAAAAUCCAAAAAUGUUUUCGCUACGUUAAUAUGCAAAUAUCAGUUGCUUUAUUAAUGUAUUAUAAAAUGUAGCGGUGUAACUAUGUCACACGUUACCACGUGUCAGCUACGUACUAAAAGAUGCGUAAGACGUAUCCUAUAUUUUAACGAAUUAAAGCGAUCCGCAAGAAAGGAAAAUAUCCUACGUCUAUCCUCGACCGAAUAAAAGGAAAAGAUCGAAAGAAUCCUAUUAACGAUCAACGACCUUUUCCCUCGAAUUUCCACUAACAUCGGCAAUCGCCGCCAAUAUACUGCGAAAUAAUCACCAAUCAGACGAAUAGAUUUAAUAAUACCAGCGUAAAAUAGAUUAAUAAAUAAUUCGAUUAUCGUACUAACUAUUUAACGAAGAACUUGUCGUUUCAAUGAAAACAAGAAAAUUGGCAAUACGCAGGUACUAAAGAUCGACAAUUUCCUUUUCUCGUAUCCAUUAACGUCAACGACCGUUAUAAAAUACACUGGGAAAAUGAUCACGAAACAACGUAUAAAGUUGUAAGCUUAACCAAGAUACAUUAACCCCGGUAGAACACGGCGACAAUUAACCAAAUCGAUUACUCAACGUUCGCGUAAUCGCGCGAUAAAAGCCGUCGCGACGACGGGAUUUCCAUUUUGCCAGCGGCGUUACGUCUCGUUAAUUACGUAACGACGUCGCAUUGUGCAACAAUGCAAAAUUCAGCGGAUCUCGCGGAACGGGCCGUAGCACGAAAUGUCACUUUGCUGGAUGCCGGCUUCUAUUAAAUUAGAAUACGAAUAUUCCGCGGCGAAGCACGUGAAUGCCGGCCAGCCCGGCGUCUGCCCACACGUGCGAGGAAACGUGUGCCUGUACUACUUCGUCCGGCUAUACACGUACACCAGUUACUGGCUGACUCAUCUUGGCAAAGAUACAGCGCGCCAUCAGACCGAACGAUUCUUUUCUCUUUUCUUCUCGCGCGUGGCAUCAUACCAGUGAACGGUCUGUUACAUAUACACAACCUAGAAAAUUCGCGCGGUUUCUUUCUCGUGAGUUUUUCCCUCCGUAGUCGAUGUUAAAACGAUCGAUGACGCGAUAUCGUGAUUUCUUACGAAUUAAAAAUGGUUAACGGUGACGUAGUAUCGCGCUUCUUGACGAAUUGAAAAUAAUAUCUGUCGAGCAAAUGAUAAAGCCAUUGGGGAAUCAAGGAUAGCUGAUCGAGCAUGCGUUUUUUGUACAUUCCGGUGCCUCUGUAAAAUAAAAAUGACAGUCAACGAGUUUCACGAGAUAAAAAGCAUUAGGUUGCUCUUCUUCUUGGAGAUUCCAUAAGUAAUACCACGGAAGAUGCUUCCACCAGUAAUAAAUCGCAGAGUAAUUCCGCUCGACGUACGCCAGGAAAAUCAUCAGUCAGUCCAAUUUCACACAAGAGGCCCACAUCCAGUCUGCCAGCUGGAUCGACGCUUAGACCCGAAAAUCAAUAUGCAGUGAAAAAGAAACGUUACUUGCUACUAAAGAAGGAGUUGACUGACAAACAGAAAACCGCGCAAGAUCUAUACAACGAGAUGUCUCAGCUCCGUGAGAAACUAAUCACCAGUGGUGCCAAAGAUCCGGGCAAAAUAGAAACUCUGAAACUGGAGGUUGGAUCGAGCAAACAUUUUCCAGCAACUGAAACAAGUUACAACGAGACAGCAAACGUUCACGCCGAGAAACUCUCCGUCGGCAAAGAAAUGCUGGAAUCCUUGGAGGAUCGAUUGCGGGAGAUCCCGAAGAAGUUGCGGAACCUUUGCCAGGAACUGUUGGACAAACAGUCGAUCUUCGUGGCUUUCGUGACGUCGCAACUGAUCAAAGCCAGCUCAGAAGGGAACGACCCGGAUCACACGAACUCGGAAGUGACCAUGCAGCUCGAGAUUCACCAAAGAGAUUACGACGCUCUUAGGUCGCAUAUGAACGAAAUACAGGAGAUCGAGGAGAAGUCGAUCGCCGAGUUAACGAGGAACGUGCAGCAUUUAAUCGACGAGUACGAGCAUUCCAGGGCGAAGAUAAAGGAGACGAACGCGGCGGAAGCGCAGAGAGAACUGCAAACGCAAUUAAAUGCUACGAUGGAGGAGCUGCAGACGGAAAAAGAGAAGAAUAACCAAAACAAAGAACGUCUUCGACAGACUGAGUCGCAAUUGCAGAAAGCACGUACGAAGAUCAGGGAGAUGGAGACGCACAUGGCAAACGAUAAGGAAAAGAUUCAGCAGCUGCAGGGCAACGUGAAGACCAUAGAAGGUCAAAUGAAGCAGAAGGAUUUGGCGAUAGAGGGUAGGAUGAAAGACAUGCAGAAGACGAUGAGGAACAGCGAAGAUUUGGUCGCUAAGGUGGAGAAGCAGAGGGAUAGCUUCGAAGCACGGUUGGUGGAGCUUAAAGAGAAGAUGAAUAGCAAGGAAAACGAAGCGAUAAAUACUAUCAAGGAACUAUCCGAAAGGCUGAAAGCGGUUACUACUGAUCUUGGGAUCGAAAAGGAGAAGAGGCAACAAGUAAAAGACGCGUUCACAGAAUUAGAGGAACGAUACAAGAAUCUCGAGGAGAAGAGCAAACAAUUGUGCGAGCUCGCGGAGAAGAAUAAAGAUUUCGCUAUUACAGAGGGUAGUCAUACAGAGAACGAAGUACGCCUGUUCAACGAGUUGCAGGCAACCAGAAACGAAUUGGAAGCGCAGAGGCAGAUGAUGUUGCAGCUGCAGCAAGAGAAAGAGGAAAUCAUUGCAGUGAUGCAUCAAGCGGCCUGUCGCGAGGAGGAGGAAGAUUCGAGGGAGAAAUUGGCUGCGGAAUUAGUGUUCAAAUCCAACGAAGUCCAGAAGCUGACGAUGCAGUAUUCGGAACUGAAAAAGGUUGCAAAAAACGCCCAAGAAAAAAAUGGGAUCUUAGAAAGGCAGUUGAUGGAGAUUCAAACUCGGCUGCAUUCUCAGUCCAUGGAGGGUGGAAAAGCUGGGUUAAGCGCUCAUGCGAUUGAGCUUCAACAACAGGUCUCCGAUCUUCGCAACAAUUUAGCAGAAGUAAUUCAGCAAAAGGAGGAGCUAGAAACUGUAUUGACUCAGAAGCAAUUGGAGUUGGAGCAGCGUGACCGUGUGAUGCGUGAGCAGAGCAAGUUUCUUAAAGUCAGAGACGAGUUGCUUGAUAUUUUGAAAGGGAAGGCACAACAGGAGAAUGGAGAAUUAUCGACUAACGAUGAUAACAAUGAAUAUCUCGAGCAGAUUCACAAACAGGUAGCUGCCAAAACGGAGGCAAUCCAGGGGUUGUAUACGACUUUGGAAAACAAGCAGUUACAGAUUAUGCGUCUGGAGAAGAUGGUGAAGCUAAUGGAGGAUCACCAAGAUCGAGCUCAAGCUCAACGUACGCGUUUAGAGAAUCGCAUUGCUCAACUAGAACUGGCUUUGCAAAGGAAUAAGGAACAGCGGGGUAAGGGCUUCGGCAUCCUGUAAGGAACUUUCUAAUCAUCAUCAACGUAAAUGAUCUCCAUCUUUGGUCGAUCUCCUUGUCAAAGAGAUUAUUAUAUGUUAUUAAACAUUAAGUCUUUGGUAAGCGGCACUUUAC